UAGAUAUUGUCCUUUGAGACCAUUGGUCCAUUUGUAAAAGCUACUGUAUGCUACUAAAGUGUAGUAUUGCCACUGCAUGUGUCAUUAACUUGGUACAUACUAAAGUGAGUGAAGCGUAAGGACACAAGACUGAAGAAGCUAAAGUCUUUCUUCUUCUUAACGUUCCAACACCUUAAACUAUGGUGAAAGAAAAGAAGUGGAUUCAUGUUUGCUUUAUUCCUUUCUGGGUAUUAUAUAUUGGCCUAUCAACAUGGCAGCUAAAACCAGAAGCCUUGUUUUUUGUUCUCUGCCUCCUAUCUAGCGUCUUUGUUUUUCUAUAGCACAAGAUGGAUAACAUUGGCAAAUUGGCUGCUAUGAAACAACAGCUGAGAGGCAAAAGGCCCAUGCCGGGGACGGCAUUGUCUGAUGACAGCAUUCUGGUGAAGAAAAUAGUGGCUGAGCAUAAACCUGAUGGUCUAGAAUAUGAUGCCAAGCCACUUCUCCAUAUUGUUGAGGAUAUUCUUAAACGUUCCACCUUGAGUACUGAAGGUGUUUCCACGGGUGCGCUUGCGCAUGUUGACCAGAUCGAAGAUGUGAUCGAUCAACCUGGCUACACCAACUUGCUGGAGGAGAUUAAUCGAAUUGAUUCUGAGAUUUCGUACAAGUCUCUUGCGGGUGUAGAUGCACACUCUAGAGCACUUGUAAUAUUUGAUAUGCUUCAAACAUAUGAGUGGGAUGUGAAGUUGGUGCUGUCUUUGGCUGCUUUUGCUCUGAAAUAUGGUAGAUUCUGGCUUCUUGCAGACAUGCAAUUAACAAACCAGCUUGCAAGAUCCAUGGCCAAUCUGAAGAAAGUUCUAAACAUCAAGGACAUGGAGCAUGUAAGCAUGCUGCGACCCCGGUUUGAAGCCCUGAAUGAACUAGUUAAGGUCAUAUUGGAGGCGGCAAGGUGUGUCAUUAAGUUCAAUGGUCUGCCAAGACACUACAUUGCUCAAGACACAACAGCAUACAACAUUGCCUCUAACCAUAUCCCCAUUGCCACCUAUUGGAGCGUCAGGGGUAUCAUCGCCUGCGCAACUCUGCUUGCAAGCCUAGAUACACUUGGAUUUGAGUUCAUGCCAUCAACUACCGAGUCAUGGGAGCUAUCUACAUUGGCUCACAAGCUUAAGAACAUACUUGAACAUCUAAGGAAGAAUCUGGAUAGCUGCUGCAGACAGAUUGAGAAAAGAAUGGACUCUGAAGCUUAUGAAAUGUUGCGCGAAUUAUUCACGACACCCCUGCCUUCAGGUUGUUCCAUGUAA